AUGUGCGAAGCUCCGGAAACUUUUUUUGAUAAUUUCCCAAAAAACCCGACGGAUGAAGUAGUUCUUAAUAUUGAAUCAUUGACACAGUUUGCAAGCAAUAUCGUUGCAUUUUGCGAGCUCCAAGGUAAAGCUUUGUAUCUGAUUAAAAAUGACGUUGGGGGAAACAUAAAGAAAAUAACUAAUUCAUGCGGGAAAUACAAAGCCUCCACCGUUGAAGAAAUGUUGGUCAAGGAGAAGGAAGCCAAAGUCAACAAAAAUGAUAAUUCGGGGUCUAUUGGUCUCUUAUGGCUAACACGAGCAAUAGAAUUGGUAAUUGAGGUGAUGGUUGAACUACCCACAUCUUCCGACCGUAAUAUGCGGGAGAUCGGACGCGCCGCUUAUGCAAAAACGCUAAUGAAGCAUCACAAUGCCAUAAUGAAGAAUCUCUUUUACGCUGGUUUGGCACUCUUCCCUGACAAACAUUCUUUUCUUUUGCGUUUGGCUUACAAUAAGCCCAAUAUGGAUACUCAGCUUUUGAAAGAAUGUGUCAAUACAACUGCUAAAAUCAGCGCCUUUCCAAAUGAGGAGGAGUGCUUAUGCUCGAAGGAAAAACGGAACUACAAGGUUCUGGUCAUUUGA